AGUUUUCAUCAGUUUUUGCCUACCAAAUUCAGCAUGGCAGAUACAUUGACAGAAGAUCAAAUCUCCGAGUUUCGUGAAGCUUUUAAAUUGAUUGAUAAAGAUUCAGAUGGCUUCAUAACCAUGGGAGAAUUGGCAACAGUGAUCCAGGCAUUAGACGUAAACCCUACAAAAGAAGAAGUUCAAGGAAAUGAGACCAUCGAUUUCCAUGAUUUCUUAAACAUUACGGCUAGAAAAAUGAAGGAAAAUGUGAUCGAUGAACUACAAGAAGCUUUCAAAGUAUUCGACAGAGAUCAAGAUGGAUUUAUAUCAGUAAACGAGUUGAGACAAGUGAUGAUGAAUUUGGGAGAGAGAUUAACAGUGGAAGAAGCAAAGCAGAUGAUCAGAGAGGCCGAUGGUGAUGGAGUAGUGAGCUAUGAGGAGUUUGCAAGGAUGAUGAUGGCCUUUUGACAAAACCUCUAACUCUAUUCAAAUUAUUGUUAACUUUGU